GUAAAUCGUAACUUCCUUGUAGAGGAAAGUGAACAUUGUUAUACUCCGUCGAAAUGGACGAUAUUACAUUUAACUUUUUGAGAAUGUAUCUUGUAUCUGCAAUAUUGUCUAUAGCAGACAAGUCACAUGGGCUAUUCUGUGAGAGAUUGGGGAGUGGAAAUUCACAAACUGAACUUAAUUGUACAGUUAGGAACACAAUUAACGAUAUCAAUAUUACAAGUCAUGAAGUGCAUGAUGCUUGCAGUACAACAGAUAACGUUCUUACAAAAACCAUGAUAGCAUUGGACUCAGCGUCAUUUUGUAUUGGCCACAACACGUGUGUAUUAACAGACAAAAUGACCAAUGUUUCAAAUUCAGGUUUGGAGAAAACGUGGAAGCUAGUUAUACAAUACUAUUGUGUUCAUACACGUACUAAUCACCAUCAUCCGAAGAAUCCAAAAAAAGUUUGUCCUUUUAAAAUGGAGUCAAUAGCAUGUGGAGAUAUAAACAGAAAAAUAGAAAUUAAGUCAGUUGGAAUGAUGCCGUAUUCAUCAGAUUGCGAAAAACCAGUUUUGGAUAAUAGUUGCAUAGAAUUGAUUCACCAGAAGGUAAACACAUCAUGCAAUGGAAAACAAAAUUGUGAACCACGCAUUUGGAACCAAUCUGUUUUUACAUGGGAUGAUUGUAUCAGAAUACCAAAAUUCUAUAAUAUAUCAUUCAGCUGUGUUAAAGAAGUUCCUUCUGUACUCCCAUUGCAGAUUGAAAGUAACGUAGAAGGUGUUGCUGUCGGUGUUACAGUUGGACUAAUUAUAGUUGUUGGAGUCGUAGUAGUGUACAUGUGGUUUGUUAGAAGGAGAACAAGACCAGAUGACAAACAUAAUAUAGCUAACCGUAACGAUAAAAAUGAUGAUUAUAUUGGAAAUCAAAAUGUAGCAAUGCCUGCAAACUGCAAUUCUGAAAUGUCAACAAAUGAAUUAAGAAACGAUAACAAUAAAGGAACGAAUGAAGGCAAAACGGUCAACGACCAGGAAUCAAACUCCGAAACCAGAAUCAGCGGACAAAUAAGAUCGUAUUCUAAUUUAGCGAUCUAUUCUACAGUGCUUGAAGCUUCUGACACGGGUUGUCCUGUACAGGAUGAAAAUGCAUAUAACUACGAAAUGGCUAAACCAAUAAAUGAAUCUAAAUAUGAUAAACAUGUACCAACAUUUGAAAAAGACAAUUAUGCAUUUAAUGAAGACCAGUAUGACGUUUCAGGGAAACAUAACGGCUCUGCUCAACAGCAGGUUAUAUAUAGUAGAGCUGUAGAUACUGUGUAUGACAGUACUUCUCAUAACAGACAGAAUAAUAUGAGCGAUGAAACAUACGACCAUGCCUUUGGUCCGACAACAGAAGAUGAUUAUGAUAUAGCAAAACAUUGA